AUGGGCACUGAUUCCAAUGGCAGUUGGGAACACUCCAAUUUCAAUAACAAAUUAGACUGUGAAACUAACGUAUCAAAUGUGACCACAGGUUGCUCUGAAGGAGACAAUGAUAGUCAUUUUUUCGUGAGAAAGAAGAGGAAGCAAAGGGUAUUGAUGGACUCUGAUGAAUCGUCCAGUGAAAGCUCAGAUUCUGCCCAAUCCACUAUCUCAAGCACCACCGAUAGCGCCUUGAGUGAGCUGAUAGAGGCACUUAAGUAUACAAAUUUGGUCGCCAAAAAUCUUAUCCAACUUUUCAAGUUCUCUUCUCAUGACCUAUUGAAUUUUUCCCUUAGCAAUGCUAAGCUUUAUGAUGAUGAGAUAUUUGCUGGAGCGCCCAAAUAUCAUCUGUUGAAGGAAUACCAAAAGCGUAGUGUCAGUUGGUUACUGUCCCUCAAUAGCUUGGGUCUGGGGUGUAUAUUGGCUGAUGAAAUGGGCUUGGGGAAGACUGCACAAAUAGCAGUUUUUUUGAGUCUUUUAUAUUCCGAUGUCACAGCACAAGCUCCGUUGCACUCUACAAAUGAAGAAUUGCCUUUGUUUUGUACAUUUGGGCGAAAACUGCCUUCAAUAAUAGCCGUUCCUGCGUCUAUUUUAGAUCAUUGGAUGAAUGAGUUGUGUUGUUGGGCACCAAAUAUAGCAAACAAGUGUAUAAAAUAUCACGGCACACCUCAAAUGCGCAGAGGAUUGGCCUAUGAAAAAUUAUCCACAGAUAACGUGUCAAUAAUAGUAACAACAACUUCAAUGAUUUCUUCCCGCGAAGAUAUGAAAUUGCUCCGUUCUGCUGGGUCGCUAGAAUGUCUAAUUGUUGACGAAGCACAUUUGCUGAAGAAUUCUGAAUCACUUGUGUAUAAAAGCUUGGAUCGUGCCUUUGACAUACGACAAAGGAUACUUUUGACUGGCACCCCAUUGCAAAAUCGCAUAACUGAACUUAGUAGUUUGUUAAACUUUGUUCUCCCCUUCGAUACGGGUCUAGCAUUCCACGCACUUAACGACGAAAUUGAGGAAAAUUUUGUUAAAUAUAAAAGAAAUUCCAAUGUUGAUGAUACGAAAAUUUUUGAAGAACUCGAAGAAUUUAUCCAAAAAAUCAAACCUUCAAAUGAUGUGGUUAACAAUUCAAUUUCAUUAAAACAAAAAGCAAUACAACAGCUAAUUUCCCCCUUCGUCGUACGCCGCCUUAAGUGCCACGUCAUAGCUGAGCUUCCGCCUAAAUCUUCUUACAUAAUUAGGGUCCCCUUGAAAGGAUUGCAAAAGGAAUUGUACGAUAAAGAAAUAGAGGAGAAGGACAAAUUGUUAAUCGACAGUAGUGCCUGUGGUGCUGACAAAAAUUUGGAGACUAGGAUGGGUAUUCAUGAAAUGGAUACUCAACCUGAUACCCAAUCUGACAUACAGAUUGAUAAGGCCACUACUGAUAUUGAAAAAAUAAGGGAUGACGAGCAGGGGCAUGUGCCUGAGAGUGAUAGCAGUUGUAAGGGCCGCGACACAGAUUAUAUGCAAAGGAGACGAUUGAAGUUCAUAAAAUCUAUCCUCUUCCGUCUCAGGCGAAUAACCAACCAUCCAUUCUUGACUGUAGGCUCUUAUUACUCCAAAGAACAGGUUAAUCGAGUGAUUGAUUACUUUCGAAAAUAUGUGGAGGGGUUUCGCGAUCAAACUCAGGAAAGAGUGGCAUCGGAAAUAUCUUCCUGGUGUGAUUAUGAAAUCCAUCAGUCAAUACGUGAUUUGGGCCAAACUUCAAUUUCUGACCUUAUGAUUCCAUCAGAACAAUUGAUUCAGGGGGCUAAACUUGAAAAGUUGAUUGAAUUGCUCUCGACAUUGCCACAUGAGAAGACCCUAAUAUUUUCACAUUUUUCAAACUUCCUAGAUAUUAUUCAUGAGACUUUAUCCGUUUUAUUCCCCAAUUUACCCCUGUUUAGGUUGGAUGGGCAAGUCAAAAUUACAGACCGUGUUGGGCUACUAAAAGACUUCACAAACGUAUCCGGUAAAUCUGUAAUGUUAAUAUCCACAAAAACAGGUGGAUCUGGACUCAAUUUGAUCGCUGCCACGUGUGUGAUAAUUAUGGAUCACGACUGGAAUCCGCACAACGAUAUACAAGCGGAGGAUCGUAUCCAUCGCAUUGGACAAAAGAAGCCUGUUAGUAUUUAUCGCAUAUGUUGCAAGGAUACCAUUGAAGAGAGGAUUUUGGCGGCAUGGGUAGAGAAGCUCAAGCUCAAUAAUGCCUUUGGCGGUGAUUCGACGCUUCUACUGCAGGCUAUCCAGCAUGGUAAAUGUUUGGAUGAUGAUAUACAGCAAUUGUAG